AUAUAAUAAUGUUACACAGUGGUUACAUGUCUCCGGAAUAUGCUCUAGAAGGAGUUUUCUCUGUCAAAUCCGAUGUAUUUAGUUUUGGUGUUGUUCUACUUGAGAUAGUAAGUGGAAAAAAGAGCACACGAUUUGCUCAUUCGGAUCCACCCUUGAGCCUCCUGGGUUAUGCAUGGAAACUUUGGACAGAAAACAAGGUGUUGGAAUUAAUGGACCAGACUUUGAAGGAAAGUUGCAAAGAAGAUCAAUAUAUUAAGUGUGUGAACAUUGGGCUCUUAUGCGUACAAGAAGAGCCAAGUGAUCGGCCAAACACGUCAAACAUCGUAACCAUGCUUGACAGUCACUCUGCAACCCUUCCAUCUGUCAAACAACCAGCCUUUGUACUCGGAAGAGGAUAUAGUAAUACAGCUUCUUCCAGUAAGCCUGAAACGAAUAAUGAAAUAAGUUAUAUCGUGGAAGAAGGUCGAUAGUGUGCCAGGAAGGAGGAUCCAACUGAUUCUUCUUUUUGGUUAAUGUACGUAAGAAGACUUUGAUUUCUCUUGCUUAAGUGUUAUGGUUUGUCUUGAUAAUUUCCACUGUAAUAUUUUGGUGCACAUUUUGUGUGCAUACAUACGAUUACUCUUACUUUAUAGUGUAAUUUAUAUUUAAUUUUUGUUUUGUGUAUUUUAUAGGGUUUCCUUUUAAAUAUUGUGAUUUUAAAGUUUAGAUUUAAAUUUUUUUUUCUUUCUUUCU